GGGACCACUUAGACCACGCAGUCCCCGUCUUGUUGCUGUGACGUUAAAGCCGUUAGGGUUUGUGGAAAAGAAAAUUGCUAUAGUAAACAAAUUCACGGCCACAUAAUUACAACAACGGGCCGUUAAAAACAUGGCGAGGUACUUGAGGCCGCCUAAUACAUCUCUCUUCGUCAGAAACAUCGCAGACGACUCCAGGUAUGUUGUCGUUUUAACGCUUCUGGCGUGUGCACUCAUGGUGAAGCUAACAGAAUGCUAGGUAGUUAGCAAACAUCACCAAAAUGGCUAACUGAACGGAAGCGUUACGAGUGAUUCCCAAAUUAGAGAUGGACACAAAAAAAGGUGUUAGUUACGUUUUACCGAAUAUUGUUCCAUAUAACUGCUUACAUCACAUAGUUUUAACGCGUUUCCCUGCAUACGGAUUGCUAAUGCCUAAGCUAGGAAACACGAAGCUGGGAGAAGCUAACGUCACUCACUGCCUCUAUAUUAUAAAUGAGUAAUGUAGCGUGACUACAAUACUAGUCGGUGGUGUUUGUGGAUCACGUUGCUUAACGUGAACAUUAACGAGCGUGUCUAUUUUUCAGCGGUCUAUUUUUAGUUUUGCCACCAGCGUCUUCCUCUCUUCAGACGUAACAAGACAUUAUCGUAACGUUAGCCGAACACGGACACAACACUAAUAGCAUGUCAAGCUAAUGUUACGGUCCAUUUAAAUGUGGAAAACGAAAUAAAGAGAAGGCAAAAUGCUUCAUUAAACUUUUGAUAUUUAUUGAUAUCCGAUCUCAGUACGUAUUAAUUAAAAAACGACCAAAUGAUUGUCCAUUAACACAGUUAAAUAAUAAACGUGUAAUCAGACAAUUACUUAAAAACCUAACCUAAAAAAAUAUGUUCCUUGAAGGUAACCUGCAAUUUGUGACUUUAAAAUUACAUUAUUUACUUAUUAAUGACUUGUUGUUUGAAUUUCAAACAAUAACAAGUCUCUCAAAAGAUGCAUGUUUUGUUUGCCGUUAUUAAUGAAACGGAAAUUAUACGGUGUUAGUAAAGUUCACCCAAAUCACAUAAUAUAGUAUAUACUCUCUCACAUAUUUAAAAAAGGUAUCUAAACAUGCAGAUAGUUUGAUCAUUUAUGGUCCAUUUGGUUUUCAUGUGUGCUCAUGAAAAGAACACAAGUGGAAUAAUCAGAAGCUAAGUUGCAAACCAUGCUUUGCUUAAAUUCGUUGGGUAUCCAUAUACAAAGUACUUGAAUUGCUGAUGAUGAGAUAUAGUAGGCAGGAAACACUGUCACUCUUUAAUACGUAUUUCUGUUACAUUAUCAGUGAUUUUGAGAUGUUUCUGUAAUAAAAUCUGACACGUUGUGGUCAUGUUCUAACCCCUGUGACUUUGCCACCUUAUUAAUAGAUAAUUCAUGUAAUUUUUAUCUUUUAUGUCUGCUGUGGAUGUGUGAACUUGACUGUUUUUUUUUGUACUAUUGCACAUUUUAAACGAGAAACCGUCCUUGUGAAGUGGGAGAGUCAUUUUGAUUUGUCUGCCAAUAAGUUUUGUCGUAUGCUAUGCUGGCACCGGCUCUUGUGUACAUCUUACUCACUGAGCUCCGGCUAACUUCAUAUGACAGCCAGCGGAAUAAAUGUGCUUAUUUCAUGACACUUUAGGCCAGAGGAUAUACGGCGUGAGUUUGGUCGUUAUGGGCCUAUAGUAGACGUCUACAUUCCACUUGACUUCUAUACGCGGCGGGGAAGAGGAUUUGCAUACAUUCAAUAUCCUUUAUUCUUUUCAUUUGGAAAUGGUGUUUUAACAGAGCGAUUGUAAAGCAUUACAUCUGACUUUUUGUUUGCUGUUGAUUCAGCGACACCUGAUAAUGACAAUGUGUGUGUGUUUUUUUUUUGUUUUUUUUAAUGUCAUGUUAUUUUCUGAGAAGUAUUUGUGUCUAAUAAUUCAUGUAUUCAGAUUCAAACUUAUUCCUAACCAUUAUUUCUUCUGUUGUUGCCUUAGAAUGGUAAAGAUACAGUUCUGGAGGUCCCACACCAAAGAAAGUUGAAAGGCGGUUGUAGAGUAGAUUCAAGCACAAGACACACCCAGGCGACAAGCAAUAGUGGAAUUAAAGAGUGGAAAAUAAAGAGAGAGCAAAAGCAUGAAGAUACAAAGAGGAGAGGCUUCCAUUUGUCUACCAAAGGGAGGAAAAGCAAAGUGUUUAUUGGGCAAAGACAAGCAGGAAACCUCAAGUUCUUCUGCCAAGACAAUAAAGAUCAAGCUGAAGGUUAAAGGUAACAAGCCAAACGUUUUCACGUUUGAAGAUGUCCGGGAUGCAGAGGACGCUCUUCACAACCUGGACCAUAAAUGGGUCUGUGGGCGUCAGAUCGAGAUCCAGUUCGCCCAGGGGGACAGAAAGACUCCUAACCAGAUGAAGACCAAGGAGCGGCACUCCCCUCGCAGUUCCUCCCGAAACGACGACGAUCGGGACGGCCGCCGAAGACGCUCCAGGAGCCGCAGCUACGAGCGGCGCAGGUCCCGGAGCCCCUCGUAUGAGCGCCGGCCACGGAGGUCUGAAAGCCCCAGAGAGUCUCGGUCCUUCAGUCGACGCAGACGGAGCAGAAGCCAUGAAAAUGACAAGUCCAGAGGGCCUCCUCGUGACCACCACAGGACACACCGUGAACACUCUGCGUCCCGCUCCCCUUCAGCGUCCAGACCCGUGCCCAAAGGUAAAAAGAGCCAGUCCCGGUCCCACACCCCGGGUGAAGACUACCACCCCACUUCCAGUUCCCAGAAACCUGUGGGACGAUCUCCAUCCCGCUCCUACUCUAGAUCCGUGUCCCGCUCACGGUCUCGCUCCAGGUCCUGGGCUGGACGCAAGUCUGGAGGCCACUAACUGUCUCCCCCCCAGGCCCCGUUAAUCUGUCUCCGAGGAUGUUUCCGUUCAGUUAUAACUAGAGUAUUAGGCUCUGUUUGCUUUUCUUUAUCAUCACAUAAUGGAGUCUGUUGCCAAAAGGGGGGAUGAGAGCGGCAGAGAGCUGAUGCAUUUCUUUUAGUGAUUCAUAAAAGCACGGCUGAUACGUUGUUUUUGGACUUGUGUAGCGUCGGUUGCUGCAGGAGGGAAAAAUGUUAGUUUAGCCAAUAUUUUUGUACUUUUGAUUUAUCCACAUUUACAUUCAUGUUUAUUGAUGCCUCAAUUUGGUUCUGUGUGUAAUCUAAACAUGAAUAAAAGUUGCAUUUUACUUCAGGUCCAGACAUCAGUAUUUACUAACUAUGCUGUCUCAGCUAUUAUCCAGCAGGCAAACUGCAGUAGCAGUGAUUAGUAUUGCAAAUGGCUAAUGUAUUGAAUGCAGUUAGUUGCUACCCAAUAUGUUGUCCAGUAUGCUAUGUGACAAUGUUUAAGAUGAACUGCAUUAAUUUAUCAUGUACUUUGUUCAGUGAGUAAUAGAGUUGAAUAUUUCAAGUGUACCUUAGUACUGUUAUAGUUUUACUUGGUAUGCUUUGAAAAUAAACUUUUUCUAAACAAA